AUGAUUUACCCUGGCUAUCGACCCACCCCCAACGCUUCNUCGGACAUGCAAGCACUCCCGAAAUACGCCAUCAACGAACUUCCAGCCUGGAGCAAAGCAUUCCUCAUCAUUUUCUGGAUAGUCCAGCUCAUUGUCUGCAUCGUCGGUUGGGGUAUCGGAGCCUUCGCACUAGGCACAGAGUCCCUUCUCCAAGACCAUGCCACUUCAUAUAGCAGCAAAGUACAAUCUGCUCUUCGUGCCGGCGCUGCCAUCUGGAUAGCAUGGGCCAGUGUCAGCUUUGUCCUCAUUGUCACCGAAAUCGUCAUGUUUUCGCGACAAAACUUGAAACCUUGGUUCGAGGUCACCUCUUGUUGUAUCAAGACCACGCUGUGGUUGAUCAUGUUCCUGAUCGCUAUCCGCGACAUGGUGGUGGACGGUUCAAGCGACACUGACAGUGAUGUAGCNAUUGUGUUCCUUGUUCCCUUGAUAUACUCGGCUGUUGUGCUGCAUCGUCAACGCAGAGCUGCUCGCGGUCCCACGGCAUCGAGCGUGGUUUGA